AUGAAUGCAGUUAAAAAAUUUGGAUCGAAUCAUGGGUCCCCUAAAAAAAAUAAUCCAAAAUCUCCCGAAACCGCCAAGUCGGGCCACCAAAGGUCGGGUACUUCAACAACCAUCGAUAAUUUGGACGAAGUCUCUCCCGAAUUGGUUCCUAUUGUGACCUUGUUGAGUUCCCAGUCCCACCGCCGUUAUCAUGAAGGGUUAUUCAUGUUGUACCACGAUUUAAACGGUGAUGGUAAGCCGGCAGACCGUGAAUGGAAAGAGGUUUACGGGAUAUUGACUGGUAACCAGUUAGCUUAUUGGGAUGCUGCCAACUUGGCUGCUUUCAGAAACAACCCGGACGCUUUAUUGGAUGCUUCUGCUAAACCAAAUUAUUUAAAUUUCACCGAUUCAAUUUUCAACGCCAUGAAAAAUUUACCAGCGGCUAAACAAAAUUUGGAAAAUGUUAUAAUUGUUUCAACAACCCUUAAAAAUCGUUACAUUAUUCAAUUCAAAUCUUAUAAAGAUUUAAUAGAUUGGCAUUUAUCGUUGAGAUUGGCCAAUUAUGAAUACCAAUCUUUACAAGAAGCCUACACCGGUGCUUUACUUUCCGCUAGGGGUUCAAGAUUAUCGGAUAUUAGAACGGUUUUGGCAGAGAAACGUUUCGAUCAUGAAGAUUGGGUCAGUAUAAGAUACGGUUCUGGAAUGGCUUGGAAAAGAUGCUAUGCGGUGGUGGAACCAAGUAACCCAAAAAAGAAGAGUUUCCAGCCCGGUAGAAUUGUUUUCUAUGAAAAUGAUCAAAAAAAGAAAAAACAAUUGAUGGCAGAGGUCACUAGUGCCACGUCGGUUACCGCUGUUUAUCCGUCUUCUCAUUUACUUGUUGAUCAUAGUACUAUGUUAAAAUUAGAAUGUUCAAUUAAUUUCAAAUCUCCUUCAGUUAAACCUUCUUCUAAAAACCUUGCUGAUAUUACCAAUACGUCGGUUUUCUUAAUGCCCGAACAACAUAGUGCAGUUCCUGGGUUUGACACUUUGAUCAGAUUCUUGAUUCCUCUAUUAGACGCUUUUGGUCUUUAUGGUCGUCCAAAACGUUUAAAAGCUGAUCGAGUAGAUCCAGAAUCUUUAUUAUUUGGUUUGCCUACUUUACCCCACGUCCAUUAUUUGAAUCUUGAUGAUUUAGAACAAUUGGCUUCGAGACCUGAUUGGCUAUCUUGGGACGUUGGUCAAUGGACUCAAAAUUUGAAAAAUAUCAUGAAAUUGAAAUUGGAUCGUGGUUAUGAAGGUUGCGGCUCCGCAAGAGGUUUUGGUGGGGCAGUCAAUUCUUUGAAAAGUCCUAAAUUGGGUAGCCCUAAUUCGGCCACUUUUAAAGGGAGUCCUUUGAAAAAUUCUUCUUCCUCAAGAAGUCAAACUCCUUUGAGAAAUGAUGGCAUUUUGGCUCAUUCUAAUCAUAGACCUCCUCCUCCUCCUGCUGCUAAUGGUAAAACUUUGGCUCCUGCUCCCGGUAUAAAUCCUUCAGAAAAGAAAAAUCCAAAUAAUUUAACCAUUAACCCUCCAAAUAAUUCAAAAGAACAACAUAAAUCAAUUCAUUUGGCUGAAAUCUAUAAUAACUAUAAUGAAAUUGAAUCUCCCUCUGAUCAAUUUCAAGUUGAUAGAAAUAAAUUAUUAAAUGGCGGUCCCGGUGAAAUUAAAGAAGAAGAUUUACCUUCAAGAAUGCAAAAAAUUAAUCUUGCCGGUAAUGGUCCUGGUCCCGCUUAUCCAAAAGAUGAUCAUGAAUUAUUCAGUGAUGAUGAUUCUGAUGAUGAACCUAAACAAGUUGGUAAAUAUCCUGGCAUUCCUCAAAAUCCUGGAUUGGCAGUCCCUAGUUAUGGAAGUCGUAACGGUAGUUAUUCUUCGGUUCAAUCCCCAAUGACUCAAUAUAAUGAAUUCAAUCAACAAUUUAAUAAACAGGUUGUUGAUCCUCAUAAGCCUCCGUUUGCUAGUUCGGACGAUGAUAGAUCUGAAACUGAAUCUCCUCCUCCGAUCCCUCCUCCUCAUCAAAAUCAACAAUAUCCUCCAAAUCAACAAUUCCCUCAAAAUAAACAAUCAAACAUUCAGAAAUCGAAACCUUCUUAUAAUUUGGCUAAUAAUACUCAAACUCCUCCAGUAUUAUCUCCUAAUAAACCAAGAUAUAUUACUUCUCCAAAUCAUUCCCAAAAUCAACUUCCUCGCUUCCAAACCCAUGAUACUUCCGUUCCUGGUUCAGCCCCUACUCCGGUUCCGGCUCCUGCUCCGGUUCCUCAAGGUUAUCAACAGGGUGCUCCUCCUCACCAACGUAUGAUGAGAGGUCCGGUUCCUCCUCAACAGUACGGUGGUGCUCCUCCUCCUCAACAGUACGGUGCACCUCCUCCUCAACAAUACGGUGCUCCUCAUCCCCAACAACAAAUACAUCCUCAGCAACCUCCCCAAGGUAAUUCAUAUCCAAACUCUCUGCAGUUUGGCUAUCAAGCACCUCCUCAACCGCAACCACAACCACAACCCCAUCCUUAUCAGGGACGCCCUCCUAUGCAAGGUUACCCUCCAAAUGGAAUGUAUCAAGCAGGUGCUCCUCCACCAGGGGGUAUGAAAAAACCUGGCCAACAAAAAUUAAGUCCUGCUAUGCUUGGUGGUGGUCCUAGUACAGCUCCUGGUAUGGGAAGUGGAAUGCCACGUCCUCAACCUCAAAAUGCUGCUAGUAUGCGUGCUUACGGUAAUGAUGGUCCUUCAGGACAAUAUCAACAAGGUAUGCCUGCAAGAAAUAAUCCAACUGGUAGACCUCCUGUACAACAACAAGGAGUUCCUCCAGCUAGUUAUGCAAGAAGAUAUUAG